AUAAAACUUUAAAGAAAGACUUUUAUUUUGGUCUGGUGAUGUGACGUCAUAUGGAUGCGACGCGACCCCACAUCUGUUGUGAUUCGACUGAAGAAGGACAGAGUGUGCAAACACAGAAAAUCUCCUGGUGAAGCAACUGAGAUCUACAUGACACACUAUUAUAAAGAUGGCGUUUAUUAAAGAGGAGAGCGAAGACUUGAAGAUUGAAGAAGUAUUCAGUCUGAAACAAGAAGAUACUGAGGAACAAGCAGACCCAACGACACUGAACGAAGAUGGUAAAAUCCUAAAUGAAACAGAAGAGAAGGAUCAGUAUGAGAAUUGUCAUGCUUUCAUAACUCAAGCAAAAUCAUGUAGAUGCUCACAGACUGAAAAGACUUCCUCACGAAAAACAAUCCAGAAGACAGGAUCUGGAUUUUAUUUCACCUGCUUUGAUUGUGGAAUGAGUUUCGAUCAACCUGAAAAGCUAAAAGUCCACAUGGAAAUUCACAAUGGAGAUAUGCCACUGAAAGAGGAGAGUACAGUCCUCAAUGAAAUGGAAGAGAAGGAUCAGUAUGAGAGACAGCAUUCUUUCACAACUAAAGAAAAGUCAUAUAGAUGCUCACAGACUGAAAAUACUUCUGUCCACAUAGGAAUUCAAAAUGGAGAGAGCCCUCACACCUGUCAACAGUGUGGAAAGAGUUUUACUCAAAAAGGAAACCUUAACAGGCACAUGACAAUUCACACUAGAGAGAAACCUCACACCUGUCAACAGUGUGGAAAGAGUUUCAGUCGAAAAGGACACCUUGACAAGCACAUUAAAAUUCACACUGCUGAAAAGCCUCACACCUGCCAACAGUGUGGAAAACGUUUCACUCAAAAAGGAAAUCUUAAUCUCCACAUGAGAAUUCACACUAGUGAGAAGCCUUUCGCCUGCCAACAGUGUGGAAAGAGAUUCACCCAAAAAGGGCACCUUGACAAGCACAUGAAAAUUCACACUGGUGAAAAGCCUUUCACGGCAGCACCAAACCUUCGGUGUCAUAUGAACCAUCACAAUGGAGAGAAGCCGUUCAUCUGUGAUCAGUGUGGAAAGAGUUUCACUGAAAAAGGAAACCUUAAAAUCCACAUGAGAAUUCACACUGGAGAGAAGCCUUUCUCCUGCACUCAGUGUGGACAGAGUUUCACAUAUAAAAAAACCCUAAUCGCCCACAUGAGAAAUCACACUGGAGAGAGUCCUUUCACCUGCAAACUGUGCGGGAAGGGCUACACAUCGGAAGAAAAUCUCAGUUAUCACAUGAACCGUCACACUGGAGAGCGGCCAUUCAAAUGUGAUAAGUGUGGAAAGAGUUUCAUACGUCAAGCAACCCUGAGCGUUCACUCAAGAGAGAACUGUUUUAUAUGUCAUAAGUGUGGAAGAAGUUGCCGUACCCUUAAAAGCCUUAACAAGCAUGUUAAAUUUGGACACAAUGGAAGGAAGCCUUUCAAAUGCCACCAGUGUGGAAAAAGUUACAGAUUCAAAAAAACCCUCAAGAAUCACAUGAGUCUUCACACUGGAGAGAAGCUUUUCACAUGUCCUCAGUGUAAGAGGAGUUUCCCUUAUCAAAGAGAUCUGAAAUGUCAUUUGCAAUCUCAUUCUGGAAAGAAAAUGCAGUGUUUAGAGUGUGGAAAGAGGUUUAGAAAAAGCAGCAAUUUCAAAAAUCAUCUGCUCAUCCACUCCGAAGGAAGAUCUUUUAAUUGUGGUCAAUGUUAUAAAAAAUUUAUUUUGCCAUCACACUUAAAGAUUCACCUGAAAAGUCAUGUGGAUGUCAGACGCUAUUUGUGUUCUUCAUGUGGGAAAUGUUUUAAGUGGUUGGGCAAUUUAAAAUGGCACCAGAAAAUAAAGAUAUGUGUUAAAUUACGGCUACGUUCACAGCGCAGCUGAAUGUGGCCCAAAAUUGAUUUUCAGAACCCUAGCAUGUGGCAGUCAUUAGUGAUUAGGUCAUGUUUACUUCUAUUGAUUUUUAUUUUUUUAUUUAUUUUUUUUUUUUUGUCAUAUACAUAUGAUCACUUGUGGCCAUGCCUAACCAUCUCAUUUGCUUUGUGUAACCCUCUGCUGGUGAGUUCAUAUUUGUGACCCUGGACCACAAAACCAGUCAUAAAUCACACAGGUAUAUUUGUAGCAAUAGGUAACAAUACAUUGUAUGGGUCAAAAAUCAUUAGGAUAUUAAGUAAAGAUCAUGUUUCAUGAAGAUAUUGACUUCAUUUGGACAACUUCUCUUUUUUUUUUCUCCAAUUUUUUUUUUUUUGAACCCUCAGAUUCCAGAUUUUCAAAUAUUUGGGUCUCGGCUACAUAUUAUCCUAACCUACCUAACAAUACAUCAAUGGAAAGCUUAUUUAUUCAAUAUCUCGAUUUAAAAACAUUGACCCUUAUGACUAUGAUAUAUGGUUUUGUGGUCCAGGGUCACAUUUAAGGUUUUUGUUAAAUCUGUUCAAAAACAAGUCUUUGUUCACAUGAGGAAAAAAAAGAAAAAAGAAAACAAACUACACAUGGGUUCAAGCAUUACUUGCCUUCAGUGGACAAUCUGUUACAGAAAGGUCCACAACCACCUUGAUGUUUUGGUUUUGUUUGCCUGAAUUCUGUCAAUUUUCUGACCCUGCUUUUGUCUUAGCCAAUAAACACUCUCCAUAUGGAUCUUCACACAA